AUGAUUGUUACUAUAUUAUGGCGUUAUUCAUCUGAUACACAAAGAUUUCGUCCUUUACUUUUUGGAAUUACAAAACGAUAUAUUACAAAUGCAUCUCGUGCACCCGCUGAUCGUUUUAUUCGACAAUGUUAUUCAAUAUUAGAAGUCGAUCCAUCAUGUCGUGAUGAAACAGUUAUUCGAAAAGCAUAUUUAGAAAAAGCAAAACAAUAUCAUCCAGAUUCAUCAUUUCGUGAUAGUAAAGCAGAUCAUGGAAAAUUUAAUCAAGUACAACAAGCUUAUGAAGCACUUCUCGAAACAUUGAAGACGGGUGAUACAUCUGAUCCUUCAUCAGAUGAUGAUAUACAUAUUAAGUUUGAUAUUCGUCAUACAGCUCCUCAACAUCGAACACAUUUAGAAUAUGGAGGAUUCGGAAUGGGAACGCCAAGUCAAAGGCAAGCUGCGUACUACAAAAUGCGUGCUGAAAAAGCACAAGAAUAUGUCUAUGAAUAUCGACGAGAUCGAGAAUCAACUGAAACAAGAGCAGAAUUAGUUGAAAGAAAAAAACGAAAAGAUGUUCGAGCAACAAAUUUCAUUGAUCGCCUUGUGGAAGAUCUUAUUCAAGAAUCAAUGUCACGUGGUGAUUUUAAUAAUAUUCCAUCAGCUGGAAAACCAUUACAUGAUCGUAAUCCACAUUAUAUGGAUUUCACAACAUAUAAAAUGAAUGAAAUCCUUAUUGAUAAUGGAUAUAUGCCUGAAUGGAUUCUACUUGAAAAAGAAGUUCGACAAUCAAUUGAUAGUGCACGUAUAGAUUUAAAACGUGUUUUUAAAACUAUUGCUCCUGAUAGUUCACUAUCAUCUGAUGAGCAAAAAAAAUAUCUAUCAGAUAAUACGAAAUGGACACGAGCUUUAGAAAAAUUUCGUACUGAUAUUGCUGAUGUAAAUGUUAAUAUUAAUAAACUUAAUCUUAUUGUACCCAUGCUAUGGAGACAACAGGUACAUUAUAAUGCUGAACAAGAGAUUGAAAAAAUUCUUAAACUUGAUCCAUUAAAAAUUGAAUUACCACCAACGGACGAAGAACUAUCGUUAAUUCAUCAAGAAGAAUUAAAUCAACGAAAUCAAGAAUGGAUGGCACAUCAAGCAAAUCAACGGUAUUCAAUUGGUGAUGCAAUACGUGAUUUUUUUGCUGCGUUUAAAAAUUUUAAAGUUUAA